GAAAAUACUUUUCUAACAAACAUGUUUAGUAGCGAUUAACUUUAUUAACAUUUCCACACUUCCGCAUUAACCUAUGCUCCGACAUUAACUUUUCGUAAGAAUUGUUUUUUUAUUGGUAUUAUGUUUUUAAUCUUGUUUGACAAGUGGGUUGUCUUCUAUUAUAGCGACGAUUCAUCCACGAGUAUUUGAUGUGUUAUGACGCAUAUGAAUUUAUUCAAAUAUGUAUUUUCGAUUAAUUGCAUUAUUCGUGUCGUUUGUUUGUCUGUGUGAUGGAAGUGCUGAGAAUAAUGUACCAGUAAAUGAGGUAACAGAUAGAUUGUUUACGUAUGCAAAAGUUCAUCCAGCAUUCUUCGAAUCACCCGAAACACAUGUACAAAAGCGAGAAAGUCCAGCCGAAACACGCCUAACAGUUAACAAAAACGAAAUUCCCGUGACUGUAGUUUAUGAAGCAACAUCAGCAAAACCUGAAAAAACCAGAAGGCGGAAGCUAAGACGCCAAGGCAGCAAGAAUGUAACGCAAACACAAAGUACUAUCAAAUCCACGACUCCGUUACCUAAAUUAACAACUGUGAGUACAGUGAAAGGCGUAAGAACAUUUCCUAAACGUCCCGAAGAAGACAGCAAAAGGAUUGAGUUCCAAAGACGGUCGCGCGUGCGCCCUCCAGUUGUGAAAAUUUUAGACGCGAAGAAUUUUGUUUACGCACACAACGGUAACUUCCAUUACAGCUACGAUACGGCGGAUGGAACAAAGAUUUCCAGCGAGGGAAAACUCUUAAGGAAUGAAAAGAAUGAGGGAACGGGAGAAGCUGUCAUAGGAAGCGUAUCAUACACAGAUUAUGAAGGGAAAGACUACAGUCUUUCAUACACCGCUGAUGAAAACGGUUAUCGUCCUGUAGGAGCUCAUCUACCCACCCCACCGCCUAUUCCACCGGAGAUUGCACGCGCCUUAGAAAUCCUCGCUACUAAGAAACCAGACAUAGGAACGGAUUAUUAUUAAAAUGUUAAUAUAAAUAUUAUAGUUAUUAAAUA